GCCCCCUCCCCUCCUCCCAGUCGUUGGCCAUGAGUUCCCCUGCCAAGAUGAGCAGGCCCUUUUGAUUUUUUAUGCCAAACAUUCAUCCAGAUUUGCUAUGAACUUCUGCUGAUGUUUGAUGUUUUCCUAUCGAUUUGCUAUGUGGUGGUGAAUAUAUAUGGUGCUGCUGCUGCAUAUAUACUUGUCAUGUGCUGCUAGACAUACAUAAAUACAUGACCAAAACGAGAUUUAGUUGGCUGUUAUGGUUUGCAAAGUCUCAUGUACAUUCAUGUUUUCAUGUACAGUAGUAAGUUCUCACUUAGUAUUGUACUCUGGAUGCUAGCAUUGUAUUUCCAUAGAGGAAAUAUUGAUGGUUCUGUGUAAGAUCUUUCAUACUCGUACUCGUACUUGAGAUAACGAUGCAUGUAUGAUGUGAGAUAAUGAUGCAUUUAUGAUAUUCGUAUGUCAGGCAAUGAUCUUUAUUAUGUUUGAUUGUAACAUAUUGUGGUGUUUUGAAGUCGAAUUUAUGUUCAUUUGAGGAGCAAAAUGAUAAAAAUAACAUGAUAUCAUUUAAUCAGGACAACCAUAUAGUCCAAGGGCAUCACAGACUUUUCACUGACCAUACAACAGAUAAGCUGAAAAAACAGGCACUGAAAAGAACUGACUAGCUUAUUAUCUGGAGCUUAUUUCCACAGGAGCUUAUCUAGAGCUUAUUUUCACGGGAGCUUAUUUUCACAGCAUAGCUCAAAAGAACUGGCCCUUGGUCAGCAGGCAGCAGUCAUUGCGGACGCGUCGCCUCCUCGUCUCCCUUGGCGUCGUCCUCCUCCGGACCCCUCCACCUCGAAACCCCAGCCAGCCUCGCACUCGCAUUCGCACCGCUCCAGAACCCCUGACCCGCUCCCUUCCCUUGGCGCGUGCAGCACAAAUAGCAGUGGGGCAUUUCAUUGAAGGAAGGCCAUGGUUUCCCACAAGGAUAGGGCUCAAAAGGCGUAUGAGGCCAUGGGGCGUCUCGGCUUCCCCAAGAAGCAGGUUUCGCCAGUCCUGAAGCACCUCUACAAGCUCUUUGAAAACUGGGAGCCCAUCGAGGACGAGAGCUACCGCAUCCUUGCUGACACCAUCCUGGAUAGCCAAAAGAAUCAACCAAUGCCUGCCACUAGCCAUCAUGUGACAGACCAAGAGUCCGAGCCUCACAACUCAACGUCGGUCACACCAGAUCCAGAUGACCAACACCCUUCUGCUGCUCGGUAUGACAUGGAUGUCAGUGAUAAUGAAACCUCCCUCAUCAACAGACCCAUGGAUGUCAGUGAAAAUCCCCAAGAUGCUCUCUUCUUACAAGAGCCCAAGCCUGAACCUGAAAUUGAUGUUCCAGCUGCUCCUGUUGCCAACGACCUCAAUACUGGGUCUUCAGAGUCACGUGCUGUGCAUUCUGAAGCUCAAAACAAUGGUGGCAGCUUGCAAGAACAGGCUUUGGAGACGUAUGCUCCCUUUGUGAAGCCAAUUGCUUGUAAGCAUGCUGUUGAUGGGAAUGGUAAUGCUGCCGUAGGGUCAUCCUCGGAACCUAGCUUUCAAAAUUGGGUAGUUGCUUAUCAGCCUCAGGAAGCACUUUUUAAGCAAAGGCCACUGCAUGAUGUUGCUGACAUAACGAAGGGAGAAGAAAGAGUUAGAAUACCUAUUGUAAACGAAUUUGGUAGUGAUAGUUGUCCGCCAUUGUUCUAUUACAUAAGAAAGAAUCUCAUUUUCCAAAGUGCUUAUGUCAACACCUCACUCGCGCGGAUUGGUGAUGAGGAUUGCUGCGCAGAUUGUUCAGGCAACUGCUUAUUAGAAUCACAUCCAUGUGCAUGUGCAAGAUCAACUGGAGGUGAGAUUGCAUAUACACCGGAGGGCCUGGUCAGGGCAGAAUUAAUUGAUGAGUGCAUUGCUGUUAAUCACUUCCCAGAAAAGGAUAAUAAGUUCUACUGUAAAGCUUGUCCGCUUGAAAUAUAUAAGACGAAGCCCUCACCAGAUCCAUGUAAAGGUCAUCUUGCUAGAAAAUUCAUUAAGGAGUGUUGGAGUAAAUGUGGCUGUGGCAUGCAGUGUGGAAAUCGUGUGAUUCAGCGUGGGAUAACAUGCAAUCUCCAGGUGUUUUUCACGAAUGAAGGGAAGGGCUGGGGGCUACGGACGCUGGAUGGGCUGCCAAAAGGUGCUUUCAUCUGUGAAUUAGUUGGGGAGGUACUAACAAGUUCUGAACUACAUGAGAGAAAAGCCAAAAAUUCUAAGCAUGUGGAUCAAGUGCUCCUAGAUGCUAGUUGGGGUUCUGAAGGGGUGCUAAGAGACGAGGAAGCUCUCUGCCUUGAUCCGACAUUUUAUGGGAAUGUCGGGCGAUUUGUCAACCAUAGAUGCUAUGAUGCAAAUUUGGUAAUCAUACCUGUUGAAGUUGAGACUCCUGAUCGCCAUUAUUACCAUCUUGCAUUAUUCACUGCCAAGAAAAUAGAGGCUUUUGAGGAGUUAACACGGGAUUAUGGCAUUGAUUUUGAUGGUACUGAUGACCUCAAUAAAGCAUUUGACUGCAUGUGUGGAAGCAAGUACUGUCGCGGCGGCGGUCCGAAGAAUUCAAGGAAGAGGACUAGGGCAAGUGCAAGUCGGAACUAGAGGGAUUUGCAUUCGGUCAAGAGCGGUGGAAGAAGAGUGUUGGCAGGAACAGGGCGCAGAGUUUGUUGCCUUAUGAUGAUUGUAGAUAGAUGCAAGGGGCGGUGUCAGCCAGUCAUAUUUUGGGGUUUGGAUGUAGUAAAGCCAACUAAAAAUGCCUGAUGCAGAGCAAGUGGAACUUAGGCGCUGUUCGGCAGUCCGCCCGCUCCGUAAAAAUUGAGAAUCUCGGGAGUACCGUUUCGCUGGCUCUGCACUUUUUAACUAGAACUCCGUCAGCUCCGGGAGCGGCCUCGCGGAGCGGAGGGGCUCCGAACAGGCCCUUAAUUAGUAUAUGUGUCGUCAGUCUGUCACUAUGUCGUGCGUCCGGAGUUUACCUAGCAAUUGCAGUUAGCUUGCUUCUGCCCGAGCUUAUUCUGCA